GAUGGCGGAUGUAUCAACCACGACAGUGAUCACAAAGACGUGUAAAUUUUUCCAGAGGGAAAAGUGCAAGUUUGGAAGUGAGUGCCAAUUCUUACACCCUGAAAAACCCUUAAAUCUACCAGGAAAUAAUUUAACCGAGGUUGGAAAGCUUCAUGAUGUCCAAAAGCUUCUUAAUCCAUCUAAUCAGGAGGUAAGCUCAAGUUUGCGAGUGGAAGAUUUGAAACCCUGUAGGUUCUUCAAGACCAAGAGAGGAUGCGCUUAUGGAAAUAAAUGCCGCUUUUUGCAUUCGGAUUUAAAGAUAUUCAACGAAACUGAGGGAAUUGGGAAGGUUCCUGAACCCUAUGUUACUGAUCAGGAGGAAGAGGUUUCCCACUCAAACGAUCAAACAGAGGGUGAAGAGAAGGGUACAGAUAACCAUAAAGAGUCUUCAGAUAGACGAAGAGUUGUGUGUAAAUUCUUUAAAAAAAAGAAGGGAUGCUUAAGAGGCAACAGGUGUCCAUUCGCACACGUGACUACUUCUAGUGACAAAACCGAAAUGAAGCCUCCAGCGGGAAAAGGGUCUAAAAAAGCAGGCAAUCUGUCAAAUAACAAGAGACCUCAACUGAGCGAGGCCGCAUCUAAACCCUCUAUUUCUACCAAGCAGUUUACUGGACAGCCAGCAGAUUCACGUAGUGCACAGUCAGAUAAUCAAAAUGAAGUUAUCAGGAAUAACAAAAAAGCCCAAAUCCCAUCGCCACCUGGCAAAAAAUCCAUAGCCGAAGACAAGGGGAAGGUUGUCAAUGAACAACCACCUGAUGAAUGUAUGAGACUGAGAUCAAUUGAGAUACAGCAACUUAAAAGACGAUUCAAAGACAAUUACUAUGAAAUCACAGAAAAUAGCUGUUACAAGAUUAAAUUUAAACCAACAGAUCCAGACUGGGCUUUUAAGAUUGAAGCAGUAUACCUUGAUGUAUCCUUUCCAGAGGAUUAUCCUUUACAUAUUUUUGCAGCAUCCCUAUCCAAGGAACAAGUUCUUUCUCAAGAUAUUAUCAAGUUUGUAACUCAAAAAAUUCAACAAUGGGCUGUGAAGCAAGAGCAAGCAAGUAUAGAUCAAGGAAUUUUAAAGCUAUACUUCAGACCAUUUCUCCAUUGGUUUGACAGGAACCUAGAAUCUUUCAUUGUGGAUGGAGGAAGGCAGGUGAAAGGAGGCUUUUAUUCAAGCAGCACAAUAGAGUGCGAAGUAGCUGACAAUCCUUCUCAAGACAAUAUCUGUAUAUUAGCAACUGCAUCAACACCACACUCAGGGUUCACAUUAGAAAGUGUUCCUGUGCUUGAAGAAAGCAAUGACAAUCAUCCAAUCAGUGGAGAUAGAGUUCACUUCAACAGAACUAAAAGUCAUGAGCCUUCUGAGAGUCUUAAUAUGGUUGAAAUAGAGAAAGAUGAUAUAAAGCAGGCCUUAUUGUGUCACCAAAUUGAAGCUAAAAAGCCUAGUGGACAUGAAGGAGAAAAUUGUACCAUUAGACCUUGCGACUCUAAUAUUGGUACUGGAAUAAUAUUAAUGGUGGAAAGCAAGACAGUGAAGGCAACUGUUGACAUGGACAAUAAAUAUCUACCUGCAAGCAUUGAAGAUAUUAACUGUGGACAAGGUAUUUCAAACAAUGAAACUGAUCAUGCCAAUCAGGCAGGAAUUACUGAUGAUAUUGCCUUGGCUGUCAGGAGAGGAACAGAAAUUCAGUUUAGAGGACUUCAUUUAGAAGAGAAUGUGAGCACCUUGAUUGGAAAUAGGAUAGUUUUCACUUUAGAGUGCAACAGGUGCAGGCAGAGGAUUGAUCAACAGUUGUCUGGAUCAGGAUCUGUUUGUAGGCAGUGUACCAGAUGUGCUUCAGUCUUUGCUGUUACCUACAGACCAGUUGUUAUUCAUCAGUUUUCCUCAAUUCUAGGAUAUUUAGACUUGGAUGGCUGUGUUCCAUUUGAUGUGGUUCUAGCAGAAAGUGAAUUGAAGAUAGGUUGUUUACACUGUUCUAAAGAAACAGCAGUGAAGGGGCUGCAGUAUGGAGCCAACUGGAGCUGGUGUAGGCAUUGCCAUUUAAAGCUUGAAUUCCACAUACCGUCAACUCGCUUUCAUGAAUUACAGAAUGAUGCAACACAAGCAGCCUCCCUUAAAAAAACCAAAGAUUCAAGUACUUCUUCCAAGCCUAAGAGGCCAGCUCAAAGCUCAGGAAUAAAGGAAGGUCAGCCAUUACCAGGUAACGGAACCUGUAAACACUACAAGAAGAGUUACAGGUGGCUCAGGUUCCCUUGUUGUGGAAAAUGUUAUCCAUGUGAUUUAUGCCACGAGGUACAAGAAAGUCAUGAAAUGAAAUAUGCCACGCGGAUGGUUUGUGGCUUCUGUUCCAAAGAGCAACCAUACUCUCAGCGUCCUUGUAAUGGCUGUAAAUCGUCCGUGACCAAGUCACGCUCUUCCCACUGGGAAGGGGGAAAAGGAUGUCGUGACAAGCUCACUAUGAGUAGAAACGACGACCAAAAAUACAGUCAGCAGGGAAAAACAGCGUCACGAAAGGCACAGAGGCGGUCCGAGACGAAAGGAAAAGGAAAGGGAAGCAAGGGGAAGUAACUCUCCUUGAGCCGUGUCGAAGAAGUGUGGGGGCUUUAUUACGUCCACACUUUUUUACUUCUACCAUCCACACAGAGGCUUUGUAAAAGCCGGAUAUAAAACUUAAGAAUGCACCUUGAAGUCAAUAGGUUCGGCUUCGAACAUGUUUCAAGCUGAGAGAAAUCUUAUUUGGAAAACUUGUAAUUCUGUUCACCGUUUAUUAUGCAAUCAACCACUUUCGAAUAAAGUAUACAUGAACACA